GUGAAGUUGGUGUCGCGUCACAUGACCUGAUUUGUCCCCGUGACCAAAAUUGAAGGAAAAUUCAAAAAAUUUCCAAAACAAACCGUAGGAUUAAGGGCCGAUGGAUUUGUUAGACCCUUUGGACGACAGCGGCGAUGUUAUCGAGACGAAAGUCAUUAUAAACGACAUCGAAAAACAUGGCAUGGAUAGCGACGACGAGCAGGUCAACCAUUUAUCGCCACAGACGCUGCUCGAAACGCAUGACAGUGACGUGCACUACGCAGUCAAAGGUUCCGAAGGUCUAAUUACAUACAGGGUUUUGCAAGUGGAAGAUGGUGGUGCUGAGAAUGGAGUGCAACAAAUCGUGUCAAACGGGAGUAAUUUUAACAAUGCAGGAGUGAUAACAAGCAAUUUAAAUGGACAGUUGUAUGUCAUCAGUAAUCAUGAGGUUUUUUCACAACAAUCAAGACCAAUAGCUCCUGCAAUAGCACCUAGGUGCAAUCUAGUGGACCCAUUAUGCACAAAUAUUAAAAAGAAAGAUGAGAGGAGAAGAGCAACACACAAUGAAGUUGAAAGGAGACGAAGGGACAAAAUAAACAACUGGAUACAAAGAUUAUCGACAAUAAUCCCAGAUCCCAGCCACCCAGAUAUAAAAGGCAAUGGACAUUAUGAUGGGCAAUCUAAAGGGGCCAUUUUAGCAAAGGCUUGUGAAUAUAUAACGGAAUUAAGGGAAAAUCAGGAAAAACUUGACAUCUGUAUGCAGGAGAAUAAAAAAUUACUGGAAACAAUUGAGGUUUUAAAGCAAAGAAACUUUGCUCUCGAACAGGAGAAUAAGGAUUGCAAGGAAAUGCUAAAACGGAGUGGAAUAGACACUGUCGAAAUAGAAAUGCCAAACAAUAAUAUAACUUCUUAGGUUUACGGUUUAAUUUUUAAAUGUUUAGAUAAAUUUUAUAUACCUACAUUAUCUAUAAAAAUAUUGUAUAAUUGUUAUUUUCAAAUUGUGGUAUAUUUGUUUAUUUUUGUUAAUUGUUAUGCAAUUUUUCAAGUUAUCUUUGCCAUUUUUAUUACAUGACUUUUUAUUAUUCAAGCAAAACCAC